UACUUGUCUCCAAUUUUCUGUUCGCUCAUGUCCAAAAGAAAAAAUUGUAGGAUACAAGAAAUUUGGGCAUUGGUGAUUUUUUUUCCUAAAAUUAUUAGUUUUGGUAACUCACUCACCAAACCAAAUUUUGCCUGUCUCCUCCUUUCGUAGACACGCUCUCUCUUCUUGUUCUUCGCUCUGCAACGAUGGUGAGAGGCUCCUCUCAGUCACAAUCAUCCUCCUCCUCCACCUCACGCCCUGGCCUCGUGGCUCCCCGCGGCUCCGCUGCUUCCACCGCUGGAAUUCGCCGCCGCCGACUUGGAGGAGCCGGCGGAAGUGGAGCAAGCUCAACCGGUGUCGGCAGCGGCGGCGGAGCUGGUGGGGCUAGCAACUUGCUGAGGUUCUACACCGACGACGCUCCUGGAUACAAGAUCGGCCCGACUGUCGUCCUCGUCAUCAGCCUUUGCUUCAUCGGCUUUGUCACGGCUCUUCACGUCUUCGGCAAGCUGUACCGGUCCUGAUUCGAUGAUGAGAUCGGAUCAUCUCGUCUCUGAUCUGUCGAAUGGUAAUAAGGUGAUUUAGUCUUCUUUGCUCUGUAAAUUUCGGUGGUUUGGAAAGUGAUCUUAGGGUUUCAAUUUUUGUUUUUGUUUUUGUUUUUUUGUUUUUUUAGAUAUUGGGAUGUUUUGAUCUGAAGCUAAUGAAUGAGUUUUCUUAUACGA